AUUAGUCCGAUAUACACAAAAUACGCCCGUAGUGCCGUUACAAAUCUCAUAUCAUAAUUGGGUAGAUUGCGCUUUUACGCAGCUGUAAUAAUGUGGUAAGCAUAUUUUAACAGGAUAAUCACUGUGGGGUUCCUCCGCUUCUUCGACCACAGAUUUUUAUACAACUUUUCAUUCGAAGACAAUAAAGUAACAGGGUAAAAUGAUAAUGUUACAAGCAUACACCUUGGUAUUUAUUUAUUUUAUUUUUUUUGCACAAACAUUUCUGGAAAGACAAAGCAAAGCAUAACCAACCAAAUGUUUAGUAUUACAACCAAGUUAAGUCAAGAUAGUGAAAUAAGGAUGCUUACCAGAAAAUCGUGAUGCAUGUUGGAAUAUCUUAUUUUCUUUUCACCCAGUCUUUACUCAAUGUCCAGUGCGGUAUAUAAUCCUCUUCUUUGUAUAAAAACAACAAUUUCAGUCCCUUAUUAAUAAUUCUCUGACUCAGCAAGAAAACCACAUUGAUAAAUGCUCCGUGUCCUGGCUAUCUGUAUGUUGAUAGUGUAUAUUGGCUUGCACACCAGAUUGGCACAUUUUGGAGUUCAUUAAUACUGAAAAUGCCUGCGCAAUGCUAUCCCCUUUUUUCCAUAUAUUAAAAAUUAUUACUUCAUUUAAUUGUUUUUGAUUACAUAGAUAUAAACAUCAGAAAAAUGUUUGUAGUUCACUAUAGUUUAUUUGCAUAUGAGGCACAGGUCAAAAAUCAAGUUUUUGAAUGGAUAUUUAUAUUCUGUGGCACAUCACAAAGCCCUGACACAGAAAAGUUAUUUUAAGUUUUUAUUCUUUAUGCUAAAAAGGGCUCCUCUAGAGUCUCAUUCAUUUUCCUAUGUGUAAAUUAAUUUUCUGCAGCUCAGAAAUAUGUAUAGACACCUUUGGUGUGGGAAACAUCUUUGGGGUGUUAAUUGAUGCAGUGACUAAUUUUAGCACCUGUAGUGAGAAAAUGCAUAGUUAUGUUUAGAUUAAAGUUUCUCAAAGAUGGCAAGACAUGAGCUGUGAGUCCCAAACCACCUGAAAAACUAAAACAUCUGUACAAUUUUAGUUUGUUAAUAGAGAAAUUAAUCAUUUGAUAUUAUAUCUAAUAAACUCAGAUUGUGCUUGGUCAAAUACUUUAUAGAAACUACAUACAAAAUGUGAAAUGAAUAUGGAAAAUAUGGUAUUUGGAAACAUGGUAUAUGGUAUAUGGAGUAUGGUAAAUGAAUAUGGAAAGGUAGAAAGAGGGAAUAUUAAUGUUCUUCCAUUAAUCUAUUAUUAUCCAGUUUUAAGCAUACACAGAACAUUAAUACUAAGCAACAACAAGCUAUUUAGUGGUUUACACAAGCAUUCAUGUCUGACUAUCAAUCAGCAAGUGCAAGAACUGAAGUGAAAAUACACUAUUGAAGUCAGUUGAAUACAUGGCAGUUUAUGCUAUUUGAAUUAACCGAGGCCAGUCCUUAAUUGCUAAGAGGUAUUAUGAAGGGAUCGAGGUUACAAAUGAUGCUGAUACUCUGUUAUAUGGAAAAGCUCUUAAGGGCGCUAUAAGCGAGGAUAAACCUGCACUGCCCCCUAUUGGAUAAUGCAGCUCCUUUCACCCAGAGGAAUUAUCAACUGGCCUGUCAGCAUUAUAGUCCAAAGAUAUAAAAAAAUGUAUUAAUAUGCAUGUAUGUAUGUGAGAUCAAUCAUGGCUAUAGGUCGUCCUCAUUCCAUUGUCUAUUAAUGUUAGGAUGUUCAUAAAAUUUGGGAAAUAUAUAAUGAAGAAUCGCUUCUAAGUAAUUCAAAGAAUUUUAUUGCAAACACUGGAUAUUUUUGUUUACCACUGGUAUUGAAAUCACUGUUAUUUCAUAAGUCCUUUGUUCGUUUUAAAUAACGUCGAGUCUAAUCCUACAACUGGAGAAUGCCAUAAAAUGACAUAAAAUGACAUUAUUAUUGUUCUGAUGUUUAUGUGAUACUCUAGACUACAUAUAGGCUAGACUACAAGAAUGUACACGUAUAGGAACUCAGCCAAAAAGUGAGAGCUGAGACAAUCAUGAAUAUUUAACCAAUUAUCAUGAAUAUUUCACCAACAUGCGCGGUGGGCGGGGACACCGGACGAACGAGAUACUCUAACCGGUCUCCGCCAUUCGCAUUAUUCUAUGCAGGCAAGAAGACCAAACAAGUAUAUUCCGUGGCAAUCGCAUCCGUACAACAAUAUUCUUUAAGAGUGAAGAAAAGGAUGCGCACCAGUCAUGUCAGAGGCGACGCUGUCCGCAACGGGGGUUCAAAUGCAAUACCAAACUUUUAUCGGCAACACAGGUUGCCAGAAUAAUUCUCCCCUAGAAUGCGUAUAAUAAAGGAUUUAAAGAAAAGGGGAGCGCAGAGAUGUCGGUGCCUUUACUGAAGAUUGGAGUUGUGCUCAGCACGAUGGCGAUGAUCACCAAUUGGAUGUCGCAAACGCUGCCCUCUCUUGUAGGACUGAACACAACGAAACUAAUCGCGGCUCCUCCAGGUGUACCGGACCGGAGCACAGGCGUGUUUCCUGCUAACCCUGAGGAGUCCUGGCAGGUGUACAGCUCGGCGCAGGACAGUGAGGGCAGGUGUGUGUGCACUGUGGUGGCUCCACAGCAGACCAUGUGCUCGCGGGACGCCAGGACCAAACAGCUGAAACAGCUCCUGGAAAAAGUACAGAACAUGACCCAGUCCAUCCAGACUUUGGAUCAAAGGACGCAGAAAGAUCUGGAGUAUGUUCAGCGGAUGGAGGUGCAGCUACGGGGCCUGGAGAACAGGUUUAAACAGGUGGAAGAGAGCCACAAGCAGAACAUUGCUAAGCAAUAUAAGGCCAUAAAGGCGAAAAUGGAGGAACUUAGGCCAAUGAUACCAGUGUUGGAGGAAUACAAGGCCGAUGCAAAAUUGGUAUUGCAAUUUAAAGAGGAGGUCAAGAAUCUGACGUCAGUGCUAAGCGAGCUGCAGGAGGAGAUCGGAGCCUAUGACUACGAGGAGCUCCACAGCAGGGUGUCAGAUCUUGAAGAGAGGCUCCGUGCGUGCAUGCAAAAAUUAGCUUGUGGGAAGCUGACAGGAAUAAGUGAGCCUAUCACUAUUAAGACAUCUGGAUCAAGAUAUGGAUCAUGGAUGACUGAUCCCCUGGCUCCUGAUGGAGAUACCAGGGUAUACUACAUGGAUGGUUACCACAACAACCGCUUUGUUCGUGAGUACCAGUCCAUGGCAGACUUCAUGAACUCGGAUAACUUCACCUCUCAUCGACUCCCUCACCCAUGGUCUGGCACAGGACAGGUGGUGUACAAUGGCUCCAUUUACUUCAACAAGUUCCAGAGUCACACCAUUAUUAAGUUUGACUUCAAGACAUCCACCAUUAGUAAGUCCAGCCAGCUGGACUAUGCUGGUUUCAACAACCGCUACCACUACUCAUGGGGUGGCCAUUCUGACAUUGACCUUAUGGUGGAUGAGGGAGGGCUUUGGGCAGUGUACGCCACCAAUCAAAAUGCAGGGAACAUCGUCAUCAGCAAGCUCAACCCAAUGACGUUGCAGGUCAUUAAGAGCUGGACCACCAACCACCCUAAAAGGAGCGCUGGGGAGGCCUUCAUGAUCUGUGGGACCCUCUACGUAACCAACGGCUACUCUGGAGGGACAAAGGUCUACUACGCCUUCCAUACCAACUCCUCCACCUAUGAGUAUAUUGAUAUCCCUUUCCAGAACAAGUACUCCCACAUCUCUAUGCUGGACUACAACCCCAAGGACAGAGCACUGUAUGCUUGGAACAAUGGACACCAGGUGCUGUACAACGUCACCCUGUUCCACCUUAUCCGCUCUGAGUAACUGUAGAGCUUAACACAGUGACCUUCUCUAUCCGUGUGAGACAUAGAUCUGAUGGAGUGCUAAAGAGUAGAGUAAUACCACUGAUUAUUCAAUAAAAGAAGACGUCAAAAUAUAUUCAGAGUAAUAUUAGGCAACAUUAUUAACAGCUGCCAAAUGAUUAUGCCUUUCUUUUUUAAAGAUCUGGACACUCGGUGCACAUUUUCUUUAGCUGAUUGUGUUCUGAAUUUUGUAAUGCAAAGUACUUGUAUAUUCUGUAGGAAGAGAUUGAAAAGGUGAGGUGCACAAGACAAGACAUUACUGUUUCUUUACUGAAUCAUAUCCUUUGUAUUAAGAGCAAUCAAAAAAAACUUUCAAGACCAACUAAAGAAAUGAAGGCACUGACUGUUGGAGGCACUCUGUAACAGUGAAAAAACAAUGUCAUUGUGAUCGUAUGAGUUUUAGAUUUUUUCAGUUUUGCAUGGUCAUUUUAAGCAUUAGGGUUCACAUGGUUGUAUGUAUUUCACAGUAAUAUGACACAUCUAUGAAAGGAGAGUAGAUUAGCAAUGGGUUUGCUGCAUUUUUUGCUGUUAUAAUUCUGUCUACGUUUUAUUUAAAUUAACUGUGUUUCUUCUUAAUUUGCUUGUGUUUAUAAUAUUUGAAGUUUUUAAUUGGUAGCUUGUUCUGUAAAAAAAAAGCUUAAAAGAAUCUAUCAAAACCAUAUCUCUAUGUCAGCAAAAAAAAAAAAAAAAGUAUUAUAUUAGAAAGUAUCAAAAUGUAUUUAUGAGAUAGCAAUGUAUACUUUGGAUGUAUUUCAGAAUUGACUUGAAUUUACAAGUCAUCUGUCUUUGUAGUUUAGAAGAGACUAAUGAUGGCAUCCAAAACUGUUGCACUUGCAUAUGUGUUGUUCCUGCAAUGUGAUUCAUAUCAAUAAAACCAUUCUUUAUUUUA